CCCCAAUCCUCGGGCGGCCGAAGAUGGCGGAGGGCACCGGAGCCGCGCCGCCGCCUCCGCCUCCGUCGUCCCUCAAGGGGCUGCGGGAGCAAAUGGUUGCUGCAGCCCAAGCAUUAGCAGAAGAAAGAAGAAAUCAAAGUGGUGUUAGUCCUGUUCCAGUCCAUUCCCCAAUAAGUGUAAAAUCAUCAACUAAACCAGUGAUAGAUGGCUCCAUCAUGAGAUCAGAAGAGAGGCAAAGGCUAGCCAGGGAGCGUAGAGAAGAACGAGAGAAGCAACAUGCUGUCAAAGAAACACAAAUACUAGAAAAGGAGAAAAAGGCAAAGCUCCAGUAUGAAAAGCAAAUGGAAGAGAAGCAGAAAAAACUGAGGGAACAGAAGCUGAAAGAGCAACAAAGAAGAGCCGCAGUCGAGGAAAAGAGAAAACAAAAGAAUGAAGAGGAGAAGGAGCGUUACGAAGCAGUGGUGCAUCGUACCUUGGAGCGGAGCCAGAGGUUGGAAACCAGGCAGAAGAGAUGGUCUUGGGGUGGCUCUGUAACAGAUUCUGAUGGGAAGACAGAGCUACCAACUACAGCUGAAGCUAGCAAGCGCUCUACUUCUGCAGCAAAUCUCAAGCAAGCUGAAACUGUUAUCCACAAGCGCCUUUCGUCUUCAGCAGCCCUUCUUAAUUCUCCCAGCAAGGGCUCAACUAAAAGAAGUGCUUCUUUAAACAGACUGAAUAACAAAGCUCCUCUGAAUUCGGAGCAGCCAAUGGCCAAAGGUUUACAGGUGGAGCAGAAAGGAGAAACAGAAAAGAAGAGGAGCUCAUCCUUGAAUAGAAUGAGCAGUAAACCCCAGUCUUCUCCUGAAUUAGAAAGUGUGCAAAAAGAAGAAAAAGCAGCUCGCCGUUCCCAGUUCAGCCCUCUGGAGAGUAACGUGAUCAGUCGCCUGCUCGCCCCCACCCAGGCCUCACUAGCUAGGAGUAAAAGUGCCGCCACAUUAUCAGCUGAUGGCAAAGAUCCCUCAGCUUCCAACAGCUCCAUCAAUUCCCCAGUCCACGCUCCCAAAGUGCCCGUGCGCAGUCGCAGCAUUGACAGAUUGAAGACAGCUGUCUCUUCAUCGGAAAAUGUUUCUCUAGAAUCUGCACAGAAAUCUGAGGCAGCAAAGCAGCCCUCAUCUUCUGCAGGGAGGCGCGCUCCAUCACCAUCAUUGUCUAGUCCCAGACGAUCACCCUCUCCCGCCCAUGCGGGUAAACGCCUUCCUUCUCCAGCUGCAAUAAGACAAAAGCCUCACCCAACCUCACCAAAUGUCUUAAGGCAACGGCCACCAUCUCCUAUUACAGUUUCUAAACCAGCACCCAUACAACGCCCAUCGCUCACCCCGAACGUCCUUAACGUUACCAAAAAGAAAACAGACCUGGAGUGCAAACCAAAGGAGAAGGCCACUGAUUCUGCAGGGCAAGAGCCUGGGGCCGCAUCGCACACCUCAGAGAAAGAAAUGGCUGCACCUGCUUCAAAGACCAAAGAAGAAAGCAGUAGCAAAACUGUUCCGGGGACCACAACAGCUGAAGAAGCAGCAAGAAUCUUGGCAGAGAAACGGCGUCUUGCAAGGGAGCAAAGAGAGCGCGAAGAUCAGGAAAGGGUUCAAAGAGAAGAGGAGGAAAGAAUCAGAAAAGAAGAAAUGGCCAAGAGAGCGUUGGAGGAGCAGGCAGAGAUGGAAAAGGUGCUCCGAGAACUGGAAGAAGAGAGAAGGGCGGAAGAGGAGGAACAGCAAAAGCUGGCUGAGAAGGAGAGAAUUCGCAGAGAGCAGGAGGAACAGGAGAAGCAAGCUGAGCUUCAGUUGCAGCGUGAAGAAGCUGAACUGAAAGCUCUAGAAGAAGCUGAAAGGCAGCGGCAGGAACGGGAGCGAAUCAUGCAGCAGAACAUGCAAGAGAGAAUGGAGAGGAAGAAGAGAAUUGAAGAAAUAAUGAAGAGGACACGGAAAGCGGAGCAGAACGAAGCCAAGAAUGACGACAAGUCGAAUGAUGAGGAUGAGGGUGUUGAAGAAGAUGAGCUGGGUCUUGAAAAGCAAGAUCAACCUGAAAAGGCAAAAUAUGAUGACUCCUCCCUAGAAGAUGGUCCAGACGUUGUUUGCAAUUUCGCUUUGUUACAAGACGAGUCAAAAAUGGAGACAGAUGAUGUCUUUGUGAAUGGCAACGAGCAGGAGGAGGCUGAUCAAAGCAUCGAUGACCGGGAUGCUGUGUAUUUUACUCAGGCAAUAGAAGCCAGCCCUCUAGCAAAAGAAACAGUUAUUGAGAACUCUGAAAUCUUGCAUGUGAAUGAAGCUGAUCACCCAAUUGGAUUUAUAUCUAACCUGAACGGGAAAUCAUCUGCAUGGAAUUUUGAAGAAAUCAUUGAGCUCGGCGUACAUCCCAAGUCAACCAGGCUAAGUUCCGAUAGUAUUGCUGCUGAUAUGUCCACCCAGAACUUUAAAGAUGCUACUGCAGUGCCCUCGAGUCCCAAGCUGGCGUUUGAGGAAGAAAGUGCUAUGAAUUCCUUGACCAAACCGAGAGAGACUGCAUCAGGUAAUAUACAUUGACGGCUGUCUGUCCCAAGUCAAGUCGAAGCAAAAUUAACAGCAUUACUGUGCCCAGCAAACCAAGUAUUCUCUCAGCUUAAACUUGGCAAAUAUACAUUGAAUUCUGUUUUCUAAAACAAGGUUCACAGAGUCUAGGGGGAAUGAAAGGAAGGACACUAGCUGGCCCUGAGCUGGGCGGGGGGGGAAUUGGGGGCAAGGCAAUGACGUGUGUUAAUGUAGCCCCUUCCACUUCCUGCUGCAACACAGAAGCAAUAUUUGUAUAUUGCUCCCACCCACCUAUUGUUCAGUGAAUUAACCUUUUUGUGAGCAGUAACUGUACGGUUUUGGUUCAGGGGCCUCCUUCAUCACCUCACUCCAGGCACACGUACCCCCUUCCCAAUCUGAUGGAACCAGGGAAUAGAACCAUAUGAUUAUGCAUGUGUGAGAGAACUCUAUAUGGACUGUGCUGCACGUUGUGCAUUCCCUACGUGGGAAGCCUGUGUGCCCAGUUCAGUGCAUGAAAUGAAAUAGACUUGCGUGCGAUAAUAAUCCCCUGUAGAUUCCCCUGCACAGAAGCGUUGCAUCCGGCGGUGGCGCCUGCACCCAAACAGGGCCUGCCACAGGGGUGACGAUCCUUGAAAUUCAAGUGCAUAUGUACAAGUGUGUGCUGCUUCACCUGGGAAGGGGGUACUAAAAAGUUCUCUCUCACUUUUGAACAGAACUGUGAACACUAGAACCCUGGAAGGCUCCUGACAGCACUUCAGGAAUUCAGGGUUUCACCAAGUCACGGAGGCCUUGUCUUGAGUGGGGGGGAAAGGAAGCUGCUUGCGAAUCUUUUGUCCCGCUCCAAGUUUUGCGCAAAAAAAAAGAGAGAGAGAGAGAGCCCAUCCCGCCUAACUUUGCACCUUGAAACCUGUUCAGGGAGACGCCUGUUUGCUGUUGCUUUCUCAGAUUUUUUUUACUGGAUCUGUUUAACAAGGUUUCCUUUUAAACAAAAAACAAAAAUACCGCCUGUUCUCCUUUUGAUGAAAUGUUCACUAAAUUUGCCUGUGGGUUCCUUAAUCGUCCCGUUAGUGUGAUAUACAGUGACUUGUACUAGAGACUUAACCAGCUAUUGUGGCACAAUUCAGAACAGAAGCAGCAAAAUAAAAUGAGAUGAUCUAAUGCGUAUUAAAACCAAGCCCCCUUUUUUGUCAUGUGUUACUAGCACUUGCCUCAUUUGCAUGCUUGUCACUAUGGAGGCCACCAUUUGAAGAGAGCCGAAUUUAACUAGUUGAGGAUGUGUCACUUCACUCCAUUGACAAUUAGUUUUUGUCAGAUUGUUUCCGACAUUAAAGAAAGCAAAAUGUUAAGGUUAACCAACACUUGAGAACAAGAACUCAGUCCUGGCGAGUGGUGAGUCAGAAACCGUGAACCGCGAUGCCAGGCGGUGCUCCGUUCUGCUGUUGCAGUACAAAGUUUUCGUUGUGGGGCAGGAGUCCAGGGGCCAGAGCUCAGUAGUGCUUGGAGUCGACCCACUCUAGCAGUGUUCCUGUGACAACGCUGCUGCAGCAUGAGACGGGGUGUGUCAUAAGGGCUGCAGCUGCUGUGAUCAGUCCAACUCACUACACACAUGCGCACAACCGUGGCAUGGUGAGAAGACUCCGUGUGAGACAUAGUUAGGGCUUCAUGUGCAAAGUGGGUGGAAGGCAGGCUAGCUUGGCUGAGGCCUCCAGCUGUAAAUGACUCCCCAGACGGCAUGUGUUAGUGGGGGCAAACCAGUUGACUGAACGUUGUACCUUAUUUAUCUUCUCCCAUCUUUAUGUCAUGUCAGUGGAUUAGCCUUACAAGUUAUUUAAUUAAUUUCAUGCUAGCGCACACAGUAACGUGCCGAGAAAAUGAGGAACGAAUGGCAUCCAGUCCACCAAGCCGUGCUGCUGUGCAGCUUCCGUUCAUUUUUACGGGUCUUCCGUGGGGCUCGUUCAAACCCCGAAUGAAGCUAGUGGCAGCCACAGGGGCAGCAUCUGGCAGACUCUUUCCAUUGUGCAGUUGUCAUUGGUUGUGUUUAAAACAGUUUUUUUAAAAAACCCAUUACGUGUAUUUAAGUUGAUCUUCACAUAUGUAUUAUUUUUGUGCGUGUACAUAAAAUCAGUAUUAGACCCUUGAAGUUGUGUGUUUAUUUUAUUUUUUUGUCCAUGUUAAUUAUUCUACGUGUUCGCCUCCCGGCUUUAUCUCACUGCUUGCCUCGGCCUUCAGGGCUGCUGUCUGCAUUAAGCGACCUCUUCAGCCCUAGUUCCUCACCCUGACUUUGCCCAGCAUGAAGAAAUGAACUCUGUGGCUGUUCUUGCAACUACCCAGUGAGGAGAGAAGUCUUGCCCUCAUUCCUCCUACCCUAAAUAGCUAGAUGUCAAAAGAUCUGCUUUCUCAAAGGGUUGCUUUGACUGUCAGCAGCCCUUUCAGUCCCAUUGGGCAGAUGCCACCGUGAUUUUCAAUGUAAAUCAGGUGUAGAUGACCCAGUGCCCUCCAGAUGUUUUGGAGUACAAUUCCCAGAAGCCUCAGCCAGCAUGGCUCACGGCCAAUGGUCAGGAAUUAUGGGGUUGUAGCCCAAAAAAUCUGGAGGAUGAUUAUCUUGGAACUACGCUGCAUUGCUUGACAUCCCAGUUGAAUUAGAAAACCAUCCACCACCCCUUCCCUUGUCAUUGUGGUCACUGUCGUCCACCCUCCCUACAUCCCUUCGCUGUUUCCAGAUGUUUUAGAACUGUUAGAGCAGUGCCUUAGGUUCAACAAACAGAUGUAUUUUUGUAUGAUAGCUCUUUCAUUCUGGCAGAGACAAUCAUUCUAACAAGCACGACGGUGCUGAUAUUUUUCUGUGCAAACUGAUGCCUGUUGAAUGCUUUGUUACAGCUGUAUGUAAAUACAUAUGCACUGUUAAAUAAACUUUGCAAUUGAAA